GGACAUCAGCGGCUGAAACUCACUCGCAACUGCCGGGAAACCGCUCAGCCUGGGCGCAGCGGGGACUCGGGCGGCGAAGGGGAAGCGAAGGUGGGCGGGGGAUCACCUGGAGCUGUGGUGGAGCCUGCAAAACAGACCCCGCCAAUACACUGCCGCUCCCCAUAACAUGUCUCUCCUCCGGCGAUGGCAGCUCACCUUCCCUGCGGUCUAAUAUUUAGGCUCCUGCUCCCUCUCUGUCUCCUGACAGCUAUUUCUUUCCGAUACAAUGGGUUCUCAGUCGUCUAUCUCAUCUUUCUCCUUCUCUUGCCACUGUUCUCUGAACCUACCACCAUCACAAUUCAAGGGCACACUGGGCGUCUACUCAAAACCUUGUGUUCCACAGCUUCACCUUCCUGCUGCUCCAGAUGGGAUUUCAAGCAUAUUCUAUUACGUACAGAACAACGGGACCACUUGGGAGAGAGCCCUCCAGCAGCUAGGAAUAGUCAGGUUGGGUGAAGCUGGUGUUGGAAAUGGGAUUCGCCUGGUUUUCCCGGAUAUUGGAAUGUUGAUUGGGAGCUUGGCUGCUUUAAUCGUGUGUAGGAAAUUGUUGGUUGUUCCCAGGAUGGAUGGUGGAGUCCCAGAUCGUGUUUGGGACGUGAGUCAGACUGGGAGUGAGGAAGAGGUGGAAGGCACAGAGUCUGAAGAAGACACGAGCUCCGAGUCAGAAUCUAUGGAGGGUGAAGAGGAGGAGGAAGAAACAUUGGCAGAAGAUAAAGCAGGAAGCAAACAAACAUUCACUCGGAGACUGGCUUUAUUAGUGAUGGGGAUUAAGGAGAUGAUCGGAGAUCUGAUAAUUACAGCAGGGAAAGCUGUUGUUACUGUUCUAUUAUGUUUUGCAGGUAUCGUACACCCGUCUCUCAUCUCCGCCGUCUACUUCUUCACCUUCCUGGGCUUGUGCUCCUGGUGGGCCUGUGCUCGAGCCUACAGCCUCUUCCUCUUCAAACGCUUGUGCCUGCUGGUGCUGAUCUUCAGUGGUGGGCACCUGGCCCUGAUCUACCUCUACCAGCUGCCGCUCUUCCAGGGGCUGUUUCCACCCAACAACAUUUGGAUGAGGUUGUCUGGAUUGACUGCGGUGAUUCACACCAAUGUAUCGGAACCAUGGCAACUAAUGACCCACCAAGGGCUUCGCUGGCCCGUCGUUCUGAAUCCCAUUGUGCUCCUCAUUCUGUACUUCACCAUCGCAACUUUAACUCGACAGCUUCUCCUCAGCAAUGAGUCAGGGGCUGGAUGUCCAAGGGUGGAAAUCAGCUCUGUGGAAAACCAGACGGAAGAUAUUGAUGCUGAAGCAAACUUACAGAUGGUUGAAAGUGACAGCAAAAAGCAGCCAUUGAGUUAUCCAGGAAGUGGCCAGACAGUGGACUUGGCUGUUCCCUUCUAUAUACCACAAGAGAACAAUAACUGUCUGCCAGUCCAGAUGUACCGCUCCCCAGAGUAUACUCCUUGUUCCUCUGGCUCUGAUGCAUGCCAAGAGAUGGAAAUGCCAGAGGAUAACGCUGGGAAACCACCCAGCAGCCUGUCCGUCAUUGGCCACUUGGUCAUGCAGCAGAGCUACACCUGUGCGCUCAUCUUCAUGAUGGUCUGGAGCAUCACUUACAACAGCUGGCUGACCUUUGCCCUGCUGAUCUGGUCCUGCGUGAUCUGGAUGGUGCGGGAUCGCCAGCGCUGGACGAAGCGGAGCGCUCCUGUUCUGGUGGUCUAUGGGAAUCUGCUGGUCGCCCAGCAGUUCUUUGUGGGCCUGCAGCUCACCAAGGACGAGCUCUUCCCUGGAGUGUCUGAUGACGUCCUCGUUGACUUCGACCUGAAGAACUCAAACGCACCGUGUGUGCACCUGGCUGCCAAGAUCUUCUACACUUUCACCUUCUGGUUCCUGCUGCGUCAGCACUUGAUCGAGAAAGAGGGAGUGAGUAAAAGGACCCAGGGGUCGCUCAGUGAGGUCAGAGUUCAGGGAACAGAAGGUGCACAGAAGGAUGGAACACUGAUGACAAUGAUUGGCUGUUUUGUUAAGGGAAUGCUGAUAAAAUACUGGAUCUAUUUCUGCACAGCCAUGUUCUUCAUCGUUAGCUUCACCGGUAGAGUCGUGGUCUACAAGAUUCUCUACAUCAAGCUGUUUCUUUUCUGCGUGGCUUUGUAUCAGAUACAUUAUGGCUGGUGGCGCCAGAUCCUGAGGUACUUCUGGAUCGCUGUUGUGUCUUACUCAAUGGUGGUGCUCAUCGCUAUCUACACAUACCAGUUUAAGACGGUCUCUUGGCUCUUUCAGCAGAUGAUGGGAAUGUCUGAGGACAGUUUGAGAGACCUAGGGUUGGAGCAGUACGACACCGCCGAGCUGUUUGCCAGUAUCCUGCUGCCCUCGGCCUUCCUCCUGGCCUGCAUCUUCCAACUUCAUUACUUCCAUGAUCAGUUCCUCAGCCUUACUGAUUUGAGGCAGGUCAGCCCCAGCCAAGAUAACAUCAUCUGCAGUAUUAAAGCUGAAGCUAGGAAGCUGAGCAAGAGGUUGAAUGAUAAACACAGUGAAAGCAUUAGGAGCAAGAGUGACGCCUUGGAGAAGCUCAGCUUUGAAGACGAGAAGCCAAGUUUGGAGGUGGAGGAUGAGCCAGAUAUAAAAGCAAAUCUUUGUCCCUGGAGUAUGGUGAUUGACAGGCUGACCACCCUGUUCCUGAAGUUCCUGGAACUGAUGCACCAAGCCCAGGUCUUGGUUUGGAGACUGCUGGAACUCCACAUCAUCAAGAUCGUCUCGUCCUUUAUCAUCUGGAUCACACUGAGAGAGGUCUCAUUGAUGAACUACGUCUUCCUAAUCCUCUGGGUUUUUGCCCUGCCCUAUUCUUCAUUCCGUCCAUUGGCAUCCAGCAUUUCUACUGUAUGGGCCUGUGUCAUGAUUAUCUGUAAGAUGAUGUACCAGCUAAAGGUUGUUAAGUUAUCCAAGUACUCUACGAACUGCACUCUGGUAAGCAUGAUGACAUAAGAAAUAGGAGCAGUAGGCCCUGUGACCCGUCCCCAAGAUCUGGUGUACACAUCCACUCUAUACGCAGGACCCAUUGAUCCCGCAUAUUGGUAUGGAGCGCUGAAGAAGUGUGAGGAUAAUGUCCUGCCUUGUCUGAAGAACCACCUGAUCAUCCUGGGUUUGCUGGCAUUCGAAGUGACUGUCUAUCGCCAUCAACAGUACUACAGGCUCCAGAAUGGGUUAAAGACACCCUUGACAGGGACCCUGCUGGACAAUGUCACCCGGCUACAUUUGGAUGAUGGGUUAUUGAACUGCAUCAAAUACUUUAUCAACUACUUCUUCUACAAGUUUGGGCUGGAGGUCUGCUUCAUGAUGGCCAUCAACCUCAUUGGACAGCGAAUGGACUUGUACUCUGCGAUUCACGCCUUGUACCUGACUGCCAUUGUCUGCCGGCGCCGGAGGAAGGCCAUUGCUGAGAUAUGGCCCAAGUACUGCUGUUUCAUUGCCUGCAUCAUUACAUUUCAGUACUCGCUGUGUCUUGGGAUCCCUCCCUCUUUCUGCAAAGAUUAUCCUUGGAGAUCCAGCCUUGGGCUGAGUUCCAAUCUCAUUAAGUGGUUGUAUCUGCCAGACUUCAUAAGGAGACCCAAUCCUAUGUUCCUCAUCUAUGACUUCAUGUUGCUGUUGUACGCAUCCAACCAGUGGCAGAUGUUUGAAGGUGAGAACAAGGCAGCGGUGCGGCUGAUGGCCGGGGAGAACACAGAGAUCAGCCGCAGUCUGGAUACGGCCACCGUCAGUCAGUACAUCCCCGUCGCCAACUUCCUACACUGCAGGUCUUAUUUAGACAUGUUGAAAGUGGUUGUUUUCAGCUACUUAUUCUGGUUUGUGCUGUGCCUCAUCUUCAUCACUGGGACGAGCAGGAUCAACAUCUUCUGCAUGGGUUACCUGGUGGCCUGUUUCUACUUCCUGUUCUCCGGAGGACAGCUGCUCCUGAAGCCAGUUAGAGUCAUAGUUAGCCACUGGGACUACCUGAUUGGCUACACUAUCCUGGUGAUCGUGACAAAGAACGUGUUCUCCAUUGGCUCCUGUGUCUACUUGAAGAGCUUGCUUGAGGGGAACUGCUGGGUGGUGCAGACAUUUGGAAUGGCAUGUACAAUCAAGGAAUAUGACCUGCCAAAUACAGACAACCUGCGUGAAGCCUGCGAAGUCCCAAGCAAGCAGGCAGGCAUUAUCUGGGAUAGUGUCUGCUUCCUCUUCCUACUAGCCCAGAGGAGGGUCUUUCUGAGUUACUACUUCCUGUAUGUGGUCGCCGAUCUGAAGGCUUCAAAACUGCUGGCAGCAAGAGGAGCUGAACUGUUUGAAGCAAAAGUUAAAAAAGGAGUCACAAUGAGACUGGAGAAAGAAAGGCGAUCCAUGGAGAUGCUGAAGAAACAGAUGGAAAGGAUCAAGGCUAAACAGGAGAAGUAUAAGCUAUCAAAAACAUCAGUGCCAAAAUCUGUCGAUAAUUCGCACACAAAGCCAGAUGGUGAAGAAACAUGUCCAGAUAAUGAAAAAGACAAAGCUGAAAGUGGCCAGAAGAAUUGGUGGCAGCCCUGGGUAACUCAUAACUCAAUGAUACACAGUGGGAGCUACUACCUGUUUGAUACUGACAGUGAGGAUGAGACAAAGGAGGAAAGUGAACUUGCUGAAGAAGAAACUCAGAAAUCAUCAGCGUUCCAGUUUGCUUACGUGGCCUUAGUCAAAGACUCAAAGGCAGCAGUGAAAGAAAGACACAAGGAGCUGAAGCGCGUAAAGAAAGCACAGAGGAAGAAGGAGAGGAUGCGGCAAGAUGUGAGCAGAUUUGAUUCAAGUGAAGAUGAGCUGGAUCCCUUGAGCACGGAGGAAGCAGAUCCUCAGGACCCAGAUCACCUCAUCAGGCGAGGUGUCAACAUCCUGACCUUCACCUGGAUGUUUAUUCAAGCAUUGAUUGAUGGAUUGAUUGAGCUACUUAACACCAUCUCCAAAGAUAACAUUGAUGUCUCCACUGUGCUGAGGAUAGAGAGGUCCAUUUUAAGAAGAGAAUUAAAACAGGGAAAGGUUCCAGAUCAGGACAGCACCUAUCGCUUUUACAAUGCCAAACUGAAAAGCCAAGCAUCCUGCAGCUCUGACGGAGACUGGGCACGGAGUGUGACAAUGGAAGGAGAGAGAGCGACAGUGUCAGGCUUCCAAAAACUGGCCAGUACUAAUUCCAUGCUCUCCAGGAACAGCAGUGUGUCAAGUUGUAACACUGAAGUCACCAUGCUGGGCUCCAGACAGCCCACCAGUGACAAUGUAGACGAGACUGAGGAGCCUACCACUGUGCCCGGCAAUCACAGUAGGUGGAGACUGCAGAAGAUGCCCCACGUUGACAUGUCCUGCUCACUGGACAGUGAGCUUUUGAGUGCACCAGCCCAGUCUGUCUUACUACGUUCACGGCAGGGAACCUCGGAAACCAUAGAGGAAGAGGAAGGUGAAGACAUUGCUGAAGACUUUGUAACUCAAUAUUCUCACAAAUCUGAUGUCCCACCUGGCUACAACACAGUUGUAGGUAACCUCUCUGAGGAGGACUUGUACACAGAACCCGAAGAGCAGAUAUCAAAGACAGACCAAGUAACUCUUACCUACGAAAGCCGUCUUCUAACAGCAAGCGAUUUAAUGCUGAACAAAAUGUUUCAUGAUACUGAACUGGAGGAGUCGGACAAAUUCUACAGUAAUUUGCCUUGCCUUUUGAAGCUUCUGUUUGCCUUGUACAACACCGUGAUGUCCCAGUCAGACAUGUUGUGCUACUUCAUCAUGAUCCUCAACCACAUGGUUUCUGCCUCAUUGCUCACCUUGGUUCUACCCAUCCUUGUCUUCCUCUGGGCGAUGCUUUCCAUGCCAAGGCCCAAGAAACGGUUCUGGAUGUUUGCUAUCCUGUACACUGAGAUUACUGUCGUCGUGAAAUAUUGCUUUCAAUUCGGAUUCUUCCCUUGGACCACCUCUUCCUAUCGAUUGCUUUAUUUCAAUCGACCUUUCUUCUUGCCCAACAUCAUCGGCAUUGAGAAGAAGGAUGGUUAUGUACACUAUGACCUUAUCCAGUUGCUGACUCUGUUCUUGCAUAGGUCAGUCCUCAAGUGUCACGGUCUGUGGGAUUCCCAUGACACACUGAAGGAGCAGAGAGGAAGCAAGGGGCAAAACCUGGGAGAGGCAAAGGAAGAGAACGGCUACACUGAAACUCUGCAAACUGCCAGCUUACAGGACGCGGCGAGGUCAACAGGGAGGAAAGGUGUUUCUUGGCGAUCAUCAGGACGGCUGAACAGGGGAGACAGAACAAAAGCUUCCAAGAGAUCAAAAAAGAAGAAAAGGAAAUCACCAAAGGCAUGCGGUGGGUUAAGAGAAACCAUCAAGGAACAGAUAAGGGAAAAAUGGCGGAGAGUGAAAAGAUACAUCAUCGUCCUAGCUCUUCAGAUCUUCCUGCCUGUGAAGCAGUUCUUCUACAACAUCAUCCAUCCUGAGUAUAAUGCAGUGUGUGAUGUCUACGCACUAAUGUUCCUGAUCGAUGUCAUUAACUUCACCAUCAUUGUAUUUGGAUAUUGGGCAUUUGGAAAACACUCGGCUGCCGCCGACAUCACAGAGUCCAUCUCGGAGGACCACGUGCCCCACGUGUUCCUGGUGAUGGUGCUGGUUCAGUUUGCCAGCAUGGUGGUCGACCGUGCUCUCUACCUCCGCAAGACUGUCCUGGGCAAAGUCGUCUUUCAGGUUGUUCUGGUGCUGGGGAUCCACUUCUGGAUGUUUUUUAUUCUCCCUGGGAUGACUGAGAGGAGGUUUAACCAAAAUCAAGUUGCCCAGCUGUGGUAUUUUGUUAAGUGCAUUUACUUUGGCCUGUCAGCGUAUCAGAUCAAAUGUGGCUACCCAAACCGAGUACUGGGCAACUUCCUGACAAAGAGCUACAACUACUUCAACCUCUUCCUCUUUCAGCUGUUUCGUUUGGUGCCCUUUCUGAUGGAGCUGAGAGCAGUGAUGGACUGGGUUUGGACAGACACCACGCUCAGCAUCUCCAGUUGGAUCUGUGUAGAGGACAUUUAUGCCAACAUUUUCAUCCUGAAAUGCUGGAAUGAGUCUGAGAAGAGGUAUCCUCAGGCAGUCGGCCAGAAGAAGAACAUGUUGGUGAAAUACGGGAUGGGGGGCCUCAUCAUUGCUUUGCUGAUCUGUGUCGUGUGGUUCCCACUGCUCUUCAUGUCACUGGUCAAGUCUGUGGGUGGAGUGACCAGCCAGCCCCUGGACGUCUCCAUCAAGAUCAGCAUCGGUGGAUAUGAGCCUCUGUUCACGAUGAGUGCACAGCAACAGAACCUCAGGCCGCUCUCCACCGCCGCAUAUAACAGCCUCACCAGUCAGUACACCCUCUACCCGUCUGCUAUGCAGUUUUUGGUGAACUACAUGCCCGAAGACAUAAUGGUGGCUCACAUCAAGAGUGACGCCAACUUGUUGUGGAGCAUUAGUCCUGCCAGCCUCAGGGCGAUGAAAGAGGAAAUAAUCAACUCUUCGCAGGUUCGUGUCCACCUGCACUGGACCAUCCUGAGGAACGCUUCUCUCUUGUUGAAUCCCGAAACUUUUGGUAAGCACACUGUGCUCUGCACAGACAAGGAAGUCAGAAAGGAGUUGGUUCAGCUGUUGGAAGGGUUCCGUAAGGAGCCAGUGGUAAUUGAGGGAUUAUUGCCAAAAUACAUUCGAGCAAUGCGUGGGACUGAAGCCAAACCAGCUUUUCGUCUGCGAUUAGGUGAGUAAAGUGUCCAACAUGACCAGGCCAACCUUGCCUUCUACAGGAACAUCUCUCUGCAGUUGGAAGAAGAGCCAGGACAAGGCAACACCUCAAACACCAAGGCCAAGUGGUGGAAUAUCAAGGAGUGGAGCCCCCACUGUGCAAGCUGGGGUUGCAGCAACAUGGAACUCAUCAUUUUCAACGAUAAAGUCAGCCCCUCCAGUCUGGGGUUCCUGGCUGGAUAUGGUAUCAUUGGUCUGUACAUGUCUGUGGUGCUGGUCAUUGGGAAGUUUGUCCGCGAGUUCUUCAAUGGCAUCUCCCGCUCCAUUAUGUUUGAGGAACUGCCGAACCCAGAUCGAAUCUUGAAGCUGUGCACUGAUAUCUUCCUGGUCCGUGAGAUGGGGGAGUUAGAACUGGAAGAACAACUCUUUGCCAAACUCAUCUUCCUUUACCGUUCCCCUGAGACCAUGAUCAAGUGGACACGGGAGAAACAACAGUGACUGACUCAGGUUGAACUGAACUGUUUUUACACACAGAAGAGGACCGAUUACUUCAACAUUACACAGGGGAAGCUUCUGGGUUCCUUCAAACUCUGUUGCAGUGCCACAAAUGAGAGAGAAAAUUUGCAUGUCUGCUAGCUUCUGAAUGCAUUAGCUUGAACCUUUUAAGCCCCAGAACAGUUGUUGUUCUUUAAGUGGGCAUAAAUGAGCCUCAGCAUUACUGGUCAACUCAGUUGCUGCCAAAAAAAAAUUAACUCUUCAACUCGUUCUGCCUCAGCCAUUGUACAGUUUUGUAGCCAGUGCCACCUUAUGCUGCAAGAACACCUCAGAAAUAACAGGAAAAGACAGCUGCAAAUGAGGUUUGGCAUCAACUCCAGCAGUUCACCCUCCCUCACUCCCUCCCCAUCUUUCUUUUCUCUAUCAGUGGCUACAACCAUUUGCUACUGAACAUCCUAACUGCAUAACUACUGAACAUUGGCAUUGUCUGAUUUGUGCUGCAUUGGACCUUCAUUGAUAUACUUUGGCACAUCUGCCUUGCCACCUCUUCAAACUGCAGGCUCAAAAGCAGGCAGCAUCUCUGGAAGAAACUUAUUUGACUUGCAUUGUAAUUUUGAAUAGUACCAUAGCAUGGUGUUGAAUGAAUUUUUACGGUGGAAAGGAAUGGGAUUUACUCCAAAUUUUUUUCUUGUCACAACUGAGUGUGAUUGAAGGAACAGUUGGCACAUCCUGGAAACCUGCAGCAGCUGUACUUGGAUAAGUGGCAGCAAGAGCCCCACAACAGUACCGCCUCUUUCUCCUUUCCAGCAGGAAUGCCCAAUGUCGUUUAUUCUGGAGUGACACCACACAUUAUAGGGGCUGAAGGAUUCAAGGACUGCUGAAGUUCUACAACCUGGCACUUUGAAACUUUGCACCUUGAGCAGAUUUAUGCUUCCCACUGAUGGGGAAAACAGUACUUCUGCUUUGCAAAAGCGGAUGAAAUUUUCAUUAAUGGUGAGUAUUUUGGGAUAUAGGAAAAGGGAAUGUCUACAGAUCAACUAUCAUCUCAUUAAGCUAAAUAACCUUGUCCUGUUUCUAUGCCAUCAGCACACCUUGCA